AUGGACCCAAUCUACUGGAACACAGAAGCCAGCGAGUUGGCGCCAACCACCAAUGUCUCCUACAACUGUGUCGACCGCUACAUGGCGGAUCCAGAGUUCAAGCACGAAACAGCCCUGUUGUGGGACGGAAACUUUUGGGACAAUGACAUCCAUGACUACGCCGAUCUUUCAUGGGAUGUGGUUGACGUAUUGACAAACAAAAUCGCCAACGUCUUCAAAGAAUACUGUGUAUCGGAAGACCGCAUUCUUCUCCUUCUCCAUAACGUCAUUCAACUACCACUGUGCAUCAUGGGUGCAAGCCGAAUCGGAGCUGUUUCAGUGAUUUUGAACCCUGCCACAGCAACAACCUCACAACUGACGGAGCUUCUCGAAAAAACCUGCCCAAAACUUAUCGUCACUGUGGACGCAUUCUGGCAAGGACAUCAACUGCUUGAAACAAAACGACAAAUGGAUGAAGCUGUCAAUAAGGCCAAGGUGACAUCAAUCAAACGCAUUCUAGUCAUCCGACACACGGCGCCAAACAAAGGUGUUCCUCCUCCGGAUGAAAUCUACCCUGGUAAACGGCCCUGCUAUAAAAUUUCGUUCGAGCUGAAUGAAGACAUCGAUGUUGAGUGGAGAAAAGAGAUCGUCAAGGCGUAUACUUCAUGUGAUCCGGUAUGGGUAGCCGGUAGCCAUCCAUUCGCAAUUCUUCCAGAUUGGAGCCCCGAAUUACAUCUUCGAACCGUGUCUACCAGGCAAGCAUUAAUGGCUGCUCAAGAACUCGGGUCAUGGACGUUCUCUGACUGCUUGGUCCUGCCUCAUCCGCAAACCCCGCUUGGAUUGAUAGGAUGUGUAGCAGUUUGGUUCUGCGGAAAGACUCUCUCAACGUUCGAAGGCACGUUGAACCAUCCGGAUCCGUCACGACUGAAGCACGUCAUCAAGAAAUUCGACGUUAGUAUCCUGCACAUACUUUAUCUACUACAAACAAAAUUGUAA